UGGAGAAAUAGAAAGAGGGAGGGAGAAAGAAAGAAAGAGAGGGAACGUUAAGAAGCAAGCAAUGUAAUUGACAAGGCUGCAAUAGUGAAAUAAACACGCUCUUUUGACGCAUCGAUCUCGUUUCAGAUUCAAUUUCAGCACCAUCACCUAAUCACCCUUGGAAAUUAUGUUCCGAUCGGUGGAUAUCCAACCGGCAAGAUGAUGAUUUUACCAAGCAGGAGGUUAGAGUGUGUAGCCGAUUCUGUAGUCUUGAUGAUCAUCGUGGUUACCACUUCUAUUGGAACGGUUUUCGCCAAGGAUACGGCUUUUGUGGAAGUAGUGCUGUUUGAGUCCAGUCCAAAUGGAGAUUAUACUACAUACACGACGGGGUUGCAAGGACGAUUCUCAAAGGCAGGAGCCACUAUCAGCGCGGAGGGCGAGAUUGUACAAAUGCAUCCACUGGGACUGUGUAACAACAAUGAUGAGGACGACCAAUACGAGUAUGGCUGGGUGGGAGUGGUAAAGCUGGAGAAGCCUGAACUGGACCCCAGCUGUCUCACUGUCCUGGGAAAGGCGAAGCGAGCAGUUCAGAGAGGGGCGACGGCUGUCAUUUUUGAUGUGUCUGAAAACUCUGAUGCCAUUGAUCAGCUAAACAGGUUAGCAGAGGACCCUCUGAAGAGGCCGGUGGUUUAUGUGAAGGGGGCCGAUGCUGUUAAGCUGAUGAACAUAGUCAACAAGCAGAAAGUGGCCCGCACCAGGAUCCAGCACAGACCACCGAGGCAGCCUACAGAGUACUUUGACAUGGGGAUCUUCCUGGCCUUCUUCGUAGUGGUGUCUCUGGUCUGCCUCGUGCUGCUCAUCAAGAUCAAACUAAAACAGAGAAGAAGCCAGAGUUCUAUGAAUAGGAUGGCCAUCCAGGCCCUGGAGAAGAUGGAGACCAGGAAGUUCAAGGCCAAGGUCAAGGGUCAGCGUGAGAGCACCUACGGAGCGUCUGAUUCACUGAGCAGUAGCUCCACCUCUGACUGUGCCAUCUGUCUGGAGAAGUACAUAGAAGGAGAGGAGCUACGGGUCAUCCCCUGUGCCCACAGGUUCCAUAAGAAGUGUGUGGAUCCUUGGCUCCUCCAACACCACACCUGUCCUCACUGUAGACACAACAUCAUCGAGCAAAGGAAGGGGAACCCCGGCGCUGUCUGCAUGGACCCAGUCUACAGCCGGCAGCAGAGGGUAGUCCUGCCUGUCCACUACCCUGGAAGGGUGCACCGUUCUGGGCAGGUGACUGCCUACCCCACCCACACCUCCAUGGACCCCCAUGGUAACCCCAUCACAGUGCUGACAGUGGACCAGCACUCAGACCCCCAGGGCCUGUACCCUCCCCAGUCUGCCCACUCCGGGGCCUUCCUCCGGGACUACCACCCCCACCCAACCCUGCACCUGGACCACUCUCUCAACCCCCAUCACUGUGAGCUGCAGCAUCAACCCCCUGCCUACCCCCAGUACCAGCAGCCAGGUCCCCGCCACGGCGCCUUCAAGAGGCCUAAGUUCCACGGACGCAGCUUCUCGCGGGCCGCCUGCUACUCGCAGUACGAGACCAUGUACCAACACUACUACCUCCAGGGCCUGACCUUCCCCCAGCAGGGUGAGGGGACCCAGGGGGCAGCAGGUGUAGGAGGGGUGACUGGGAGCGCCGGGCCCCACAAGGGCCACCACAGCAUGGCUUUCCAAGGGGGGCUGCUCUACCCCACGGUGGUCCACAUGGCCGCCAGCUCCAGGAUGGCUGAGGCAGGGAGCGGCGCCUCGGGGCCGGGCUGUUACCAUGGCCACCGCUCGGUGUGCAGUGGUUACCUGGCCGACUGCCCGGGCAGCGACAGCAGCAGCAGCUCUGGACACUGCCACUGUUCCUCCAGUGACUCCAUGCUGGACUGUACAGAGAUCAGUAACCAGGGGGUAUACGGCUCCUGUUCCACUUUCCGCAGCUCCCUGAGCUCUGACUACGACCCCUACGUCUACCGCAGUAAGAGCCCCUGUAGGGGGUCGCAAGGGGAGCCAGGGGCCACGUCUGCAGGGGCCUCCACCGCCUGCCCCUCCACAGCCGAGGACUCCCUAACCCCAGCUCCCUCGGGGGGACACAAUGGCGACAGCCUGCAGCCACAGCCUCUUCCUGGAACCUCAGGGUUCAGUGUGGGGGACCAGCUCUCCAGCUGCAGUCUGGAGCACAGCUACAGCAGCCGCUCGUCACUGGAACAACCCAGGGACACCAGCACCACUAGCACUACCUCAGCCAGGCCUCCAGAGGGAGCCACAGUGGACAUGGGGAAGGGAGGGCAGACAGGGGAGGAGACGAGGGGGGAGCAUGGCCUGGGAAGAGCAGGGGCGUGUAGCUGCUGUUUCCAGGUGCUCCCUCCCAACAUGGAGUGCAAUGGUCAGCAGGGAUAUCAGAGGCAGGACUCAGACUGGGUGGGGCCUAUGGCCUCCUCGGGACGUGGCUGUCAGAGGGGGGCAGAGCAGAACUUUUACCACCCUGGGGAGCACCUGUUGGCUCCGUCGGAGCAGGUGAGCUAUGAGGGCCUGCCCUAUUGCUUCUACAAGGAGAUGAAGGUUCACCGGGCCACAGGGGGGCGCUAUAAUGAGGACUAUGCCGUGAAUGUGCAGUAUGCGCACCACGCUGCAGACUCGGAUGCCUGCUGUGGUGUGCUCAGCCAGAGAAUACCCAUAAUCCACCAGGGCACAGACUAUGAGCUGGGCUUGGGGACGGAGACUCUGUAUCAGAGCAGCCUACUGCUAGCCAGCCUCACCUUGGGGCAGGGGGGCGAGGGGCGGACUGGUGGGCGGGUGGAGCCUGGUGAGGGAGGGUACUUCACCUCAGGACAGUUCAGUGGUCAAGCGAACCCCACCCAGGAAGAAGAGACCAGGGUCCUGUUCCACCCCCUGAACUACACUACCCACGAUGCAUCUGGAAACAGUAAAGCUACAGACAAGGGUCUGGGGGUAUGAGGGGGUGUGGAGCCCAGAAACAGGGACUCAAACAAACAGCCUGUUUGGUACCUAACCGGUCAGUCAAGAAAACCUCAGUUGCCUUGCUUUUUUUAAGCCUCUCGCUCGCUGAACUCUGAAUGUUAUCAUCCUAGAUGGUGAUGGUGUAGAUUUCUACUGAAAUUAUAUGAUGGCCUGCCUGGCGUAUCCAGACAUAACCCGUUCAUUCCUGUGGUCAUCAGCAGCUCAGCAUAAGCCCAGCUCAACCAACAUGACACGUGGCCACGCCUCCCCAGCGGAGUCUACAGGCUCAGAUAGAUAGAGAAUCAGGCUACAACAUAUGGGUGGAAGUUCACGGUGGUUGGAUGUAACAGUGGAUGGCUUGGCAAGGCCACAAAUCAACACGUAGGCUGGCCCAGCCCUCACAGUACCAUGGGUUCCAGACAGGGUCGGUCCGGAUCCUGAGACCCAUUUGGAGAGAAACAAACUGUGUUAGCAGGGCCCAGUUUGUGAGAUGUUUCUUCUUCUCAUCUAGUAAGUUGUUCUUCACCUCUGGACUCUGGUCUGUGCAAGUUGUUUGAGGAUACAUUUCAUUUGUUUUAUAAUCACACACAUACCUGUGUGUACUUAUGUAUAUAUGUACUUUAUGUAUGUGUGUAUUAUACUUUACUGCUCUUGUGACAAAACGUUGCAUAUACAGCUUGGACAACAAGCGUCAACAAACCACCGAACUCAGAUGAAAGGUUAUGGAAGAGUACCAAAACAUCAACUCAUUUUCUUUUUACAGGGUUGGGUGGAGGGGCGGGGUCCUUGCCAGUUGGAGGGGAGGCAGUUCGUCACAGUCACACACUCUUUCAUUGAGCUAAGCUAUACUAACUAGACUACAGUUCUCUCUCGGGAUACUCAAUGGGGUGCAAUAUUCUAGAACAAUGCAGAUAGAAUGUUGACUCAGUUCUCUGUUCUACAUAAUAGAGAGUCUGUUCUAUAUAGAACAUACACCAGACCAAGCCUUAGGCCACUGAGCCAUCCUUACCAUCUUGGGCUGUGUCACCUUUUGACCAAAUAAAGGUCCACGUAGUGACAGGGUUUCUCUGCGCUCGUAGAACGACAUUUGAAUAUCUUCAAAGGAUUGGAUUUAUAUCAAGUUUAGUCACUACUUGUACGUUAGAAGCUCUUGUUUUGGUUUAGUUUUUUUGCAGUCACUCAUCUAGCCUCAACACUUAAGCUAUAAUAUACGGCUGUAAUAUACAAUUCUAAUAUGGUUCUAUAGAGCUGUUGUGUGUCAAAAAAAGGCCAAAGGAAAAGAUAAUCAUACAGAUAAUCAUACAGAUAAUCAUACAGAUAAUCAUACAGCCCACCCCAUCAUGCUCUCAAACAAUAUCAAUGUUGUUCAUUCAUGCCUUCUUUCUGUUGGUUUUACAGACUGUUUUUACUGUUUCUAGGAAAUGUACCCAUUGUCUUCAGAGGCAAUCGUUUUGAAAUAGCAAUAUUUAUAUGUAAACCCAGAGCUGUAAUCAAUGAAAGAUAUUGAGAAUCUAAUCUUUCCUUUGCAUAAAGAUAUGUACUACAAAUAUAACAUUUUGGGUUACCCCAAGUCACUAUUUAAUUGUUUUGUUUUAUUAUUUGUAGCACUUAAGAAGAUUGUAUUAAAAGAAAAUGUGUACACAAAAUUAAUAUUUUUUAUUUGUAUUAUUUUCUCCAUCAUUAUCAUUUUACAAAUGUUUAAAAAAGGCUAGAAAUCAAUCUGUAUAUUUCUGUAUCUGUAUUGCAGCAUAUUUCAUAAAUGGAAAUAUGUUCUCUGAAUAUUUAUUUACUAAUAUAUUUAUCUUCAAGCCAUGUCUUAUGUUGAGUGUAUGAACGUUUUUGAGUUAUUUGGUUGCUGUUUGUGAUAAAUCGCUAAAUACAUGGUAAUUGCACACAAAAUUAUUCAAUAUUCUCUGACCAAAAAUGUAUUUAAAAAAUGUAUUACCAUACAGUUGUGUAAUUAAAGUGUUCAAAGAUCUGUAAAAUAUACAGUUUUAUUCAA